AGCCACAGUCUCCACAUAUGGCUAUAGCAGGCCUUUACUAAAUGCCAACUUUCUAUAGCUAUGAGAUUGCAUGUCAAAACAUCCUAUUGUUCGGUACAGGUAGCCUACCUACUACUCGAACAAAAGUUCCCAUCUUGGGCCUGUCUAUUUCGUAGUUUGACGAAAGUUGACGUUGAAGGCCUGCUAUAGCCAAUCGGACGCAGUGUAGGGGCGGGUCGUAAGCCCACCCAGCGAAUCACUUUAGUCUCUCCCACAUACAGCCAAUGAUAAUGUGUGACAUCAUCUGUAAAGGCAGGACCCCGAGCCGAUCUGGCCGGCCGAGCAACGGCUUCAAGUGAUGCGGUUGUGUCCCCAGGAACAGUGCUGGAGUUUGAAGCAAAUUUUGCACAGUGCCAAACGGUGGAAUGACAUUUUCAAGGUCUGUCACGUUGCCAUUGGGCCUGAAAAAACCUUUCCCCAUAAAAUUACACUGGGAAAGAGACGCAUGUAUGUCAGUGGAUCUUUUCUUUUUAGGUAAAUCAACUUCCCACGAACACAUGAAUAGCCCUUAUUUAAUCAUUAGGUCCUAAAAGUUGUAAAAUGCACUAAUAGCCAAAUCCAGUGUUAUUUUCCUUCCUCCGUUCAUGCGAAUGGGGCUGGACCAAGGGCUGGGUGGCGGGGUUAAAGGAAACGCUAGUGUGCUUGCUCUAUGGUCCCCAUGGAUCAAGGCCUUUUGAAUGUAGGCUGGGACACGGUCUUGAGCUGUGGUGUGCGAGACAUGCGCAGUGUAACUGGAGCUGGAUGUUUGAGGGUUACAAUAAAGGGAUGUUGUCUGCUCAGGUGCUCUUUGGUCUGACAGAACUUUUUGGGUACACUUGUGCGCCAGCUAGAGAGCCUUUCGACAAGUGCAGACCAUAUGUGACUGUGUUGUACCCUGUGAAGUCUUCUAUUUUAACUCUCACGUCAAUGGAUGUGGAAGUUAGUCAAAAGAUGCAGGUAUUUUUAUCUGAAUUCUUUACCUUUUUUGCUUCAUGCACAAAUGAGCAACUUUCUGAUGCUGUGUGCCCCUCUCUUUAUACAUCCAUGGUUAGCGUCCAUCAGCGUCCUUUGUGGAGCUACUAGCUUCAGACGGCUUAGGUGUGUGCAACACAGCACAGAGAGGCGACUAUUUCAAACAACAAUGGUGGCUCCUGAAGAGGUUAGCGUAGAUGCUGUGAUAGCAUCAGUUAUAUCAGAAUUGGAGAGUAUUUCAUUGAAAGAAGAGCAAAGAACGGUGCUGAAGGUUCUUCUCUAAAUGUAAAUGUAGGUUAACAUUUGUAUUAAAUAUUCCUAUUUUCAAUGCAAUCGUUAACUGCCAUAAACUUUCAAUAAACGCAAUAAACGCAUUUAUUUUCCUACCGUAAAUGUUCUGCGGAGGUUACAGGAUACUUGGCUGAACAAAGGUUUGAGAACCACUGAUGUCGAAGGCCCGUGAGUUAAAACCUGGUUUGAAUAGGGUCUAAAUGGGCCAACCUUCCUAAAUUCGACUGACUUUACAAAGGAUGGUCAAAAUAGAUGAAAAUACUAGAUAUUACAUCCCAUAUUGCAACCUACCACCAGUAGGCUAAACACCAAUGUCUAAGACACUUGACAAAGUGAAGAUUUUGACCGGAAAGACUUUUUAGCAAACCACUAUGACAUCAUCAAGGUUGUUUUGACCUGACAAUACUCUUUAUUAUUUCAGUUCAUUGUUGGCCUACAUUUAACUGAAUACCCUUGCUUCAUGAAGUUACAACAAACUAAUUGCUGACCAAUAUGUCAGUAUCAGUGACGGGGCUCUGGAUUGGUUAUUCUUAUCUGUCCAACAGGUCCUGCUCUGUUAGGCCUGGAGAUCUUCCUCUGGUGCUCUUGUCCUUUGUGGGGUCCCCUAUGGGUCUCUUCUGGGCCCUCCUUUUGUUUACUAUGAAGAAUUGAAGAUGAAGAACAUGAAGAGUUUCCUGUAGAUUACCCCUUCUGACCCAGCACAAGCAGCAUCAACACUAAACUGGUUGGGGCUCACCCAGCUGUAGAGAGACCCAGACCUCGGGACAUUCCUGAUGAAGAUGGAGUCAAUUAUCUUUUGGAGGGCUGUUUUCAUCUUCUACACGCUUCCCUCUGUCCAGUGUGCACAGAGUCAGCCCCAGAGAGCAGUGUUCCUGCCAGAGUUCGCCCUCUCACCACAGGGCAGCUUCAUGGAGGAUGCUACAGAAGAUCAGCUUCUAACCUACAAGUAUGACGACCAGGCCUCCAGGAUGACCCGCUCAGAUGAAGCCAGGGACAUUGGGUGGGAUGCCUGGGGCUCCUGGAGUGAGUGCUCUCGCACCUGUGGAGGAGGAGCUUCCUACUCUCUAAGACGCUGUCUCAAUGGAGGAAGCUGUGACGGCAAAAACAUCCGCUACAGAACAUGUAGCAACAUGGAUUGCCCAGCGGAGUCAGGUGAUUUCCGGGCCCAGCAGUGUUCAGCCCACAAUGACAUCAAGUACCAGGGUGUCGCCUAUGAGUGGUUUCCGUCCCCUUAUGACCCCUCAGCACCCUGUGCACUGCGCUGCCAGACUAAAGGGAGGAGUCUCACUGUUGAACUGGCUCCCAAGGUGCUGGAUGGGACACGAUGCCGGGCGGAUGCUUUUGACAUGUGCAUCAGUGGAGUGUGUCAGGAGGUGGGCUGUGAUCGCCAGCUAGCCAGUGGUGCCAGAGAGGAUAACUGCGGCGUCUGUGGCGGGGAUGGCUCCACAUGCCGGCUGGUACGAGGACAGGCCCUACCCCACCUUACACCAGAACAAUCUAUGAAGACAGUGCUGGAGAUGCCAUCAGGAAGCUGCCUUCUCAGACUCAAUACCAAAGGACCUGAUGUUAUAGUUAUUGAAGCCAUCUCUCUUAAGGGGAGAGUGGAGGAGACCAGUCUGGUGUCUACAGGCUCCUAUGUGAUAGGAAACACCUCCUUGGACUUCCAGAGAGGGACGGACAGGCAGACACUCAGGACACAUGGCCCACUCAAUGCUGAUUUCAUUAUCAAGAUGAAGUAUGGAGGCUCUAAGGAUACAGUUGUCCAGUUUCUCUUCUACCAGCCAAUCAGGUACCAGUGGAGAGAGACUGACUUCUUCCCCUGCUCGGUUACCUGUGGAGGAGGCUAUCAGCUGAACUCUGCAGAGUGCACAGACAUCAGAUCCAACCAGACCCUGCCCGAGCAUCAUUGUAACAGCUAUCCUGAAAACACCAAACCCACACCGAAACUCAAGGAGUGCAAUAUGGACCCCUGUCCAGAGAGUGAUGGAUUUAAAGAGGUGUUGCCAUAUGACCAUUUCCAACCUCUGCCUCGCUGGGAGCAGGGCCCCUGGACCCAGUGCUCGGUGUCCUGCGGUCAAGGUGGCGGGUGGCAGGUUCGCAGCAUGCUGUGCGUGGAGGAGGACACGCAGGGACAGUUCUCCCAGGUGGAGGAGUGGAAGUGCACCCACUCCCCUCGACCUAUCACCCAACAGAUUUGCAACACCUUUGCCUGCCCCCAGUGGGUGGCCAUGGAGUGGUCUCAGUGCACAGUGACGUGUGGUCAUGGCCUGCGUUACCGGGUGGUUCUGUGCAUUGACCAUCGUGGGCAGCACAUUGGAGGCUGUGAAGCGUCACUCAAACCUCAUGUUAAAGAAGACUGUCUGGUCCCUAUUGCCUGCCAUAAGCCCCGAGAAUCCCUGCCAGUGGAGGCCAAGGUGCCCUGGUUAAAACAAUCCCACGAACUGGAAGAACAGCGUACUGCUACAGAGGACCCCACAUUUGUACCCGGGCCCUGGUCAGCCUGCAGCAACACCUGUGGGCCUGGCAGGCAAAAUCGGGAGGUGAAGUGCCAGGUGCUACUCUCAUUCACCAAGACGGAGGUGGACCUUCCAGAGGAGGAGUGUGGUGAAGAAAGACCACAUCUGGAGAGGCCAUGCAACCAUGGGCCAUGUACCAAAGUUCCAGGCAUCUCUUCAGGCCUCCAGGAGCAUGAGUCCCUUAACAUGCAGACAAAGGAACUGUACAGCUGGGACUACAGGAGCUUCACUGUUUGCUCAGCCACAUGUGCUGCUGGGAAGCAGACAGCAGUUGUGAGGUGUGUUAACAGGAAGCAGGGUGAGGAAGUGGAAGACUCUCUGUGUGAUUCAUCCAGCAAGCCCCCAGUAAUGAUCCGCAUCUGUUACCCAGAGCCAUGCCCCCCAAGAUGGGAGGUGACAGCAUGGACCAGCUGCUCUGCAUCCUGCGGUGUUGGCAUCCAAACCAGGAGUGUGUUUUGCAUGCGUCUGUUGUCCGUUGACCAGCAGGAUAUUCUGACUGUGUCAGAGGACGAGUGCAGGGAAUUCAAGCCUGCCAUCCUGCAACCCUGCAACCAGGUGGACUGUCCUCCAGCCUGGGAGACAGAGCCUUGGCAACAGUGCUCCCAGUCCUGUGGUGGGGGUGUCCAAGUGCGGAAGGUCUACUGUCAGCAGCUCCUGUCCACAGGGGCCCAUAGAAGGCUUGGAGACAGGGCUUGCUGGGAGGGCAAACCUGCCACUAACAAGGGUUGCAGCAACAUUGACUGUCUGCCCUAUUUGUCAGGAGGAGAAUGGGGAAAGUGCUCCUUGUCCUGUGGUUUGGGGAUCCAGCGUAGGGAGCCACUGUGUCGCCAGUGGACAGCCAUGGGCAACCAGGUGACGCUGGCCAGGGAACUGUGCUCAGGGUUGCCCCCCCCACCACUCGUACGAACAUGCCGCAUGAUGGCCUGUCCCAAGACGAGACCCAAAGAAAACCAGAAGGUUCUGUUGAAGAACCAAGUUAGACAGACAGUGAGACGUCCACCAAAGGCCAGAGGCUAUGAGGAGGGGGUUAAACAGUGUCCACUGCUCAUGGAUUUGCACAAAAUCUACAUCCAAACUCGCAAGGAGAAGCGCCUCCACCUGACUGUUGGUGGCCAUGCUUACCUCCUACCCAACACCUCCCUAGUCAUCAAAUGCCCUAUCAGAAGGUUCCCCAAAGCCUACAUCCGAUGGCUGAAAGACGGACGCCCCCUCCCCAGCUCCAAACACCUGGGCAUCACCAAAUUCGGCUCUCUGAAGAUCCAAUUUCUGGCUGCAGAGGACAUCGGGGUGUACAAGUGUGUCGCUGGACCCGCCUCAGACAUCUUCACCCUCCAGCUUAUAGGUAGUGACAGCAAAUCAACUGGCAGACUGUCUACUGCCAGUCCUCCCAAAUGGGAGGACAUGCUGCCGAGUUGCCAUAGGCACCACUCAGGCAUGGAGCUGAUAUGGCUUGGAGUUAGUGUGUCUUUGCUGCCCCCUGGUGUCCAGGAGGCCUUGCUGCAGCCACAGGUGGAGGAGAGACUGAUUAAUAUCACCCUGAAGGCUGAUAGAGGUGAGAUCCAACAGGAGCAGGCCUCACAACUCAUCUCCUCACUGCUGACCCACAUGUCUGCUGCCCAGCUCUGGACCAGAACUACAGGAAGCGAGCUAAAGCAAGCUAAAGACAGACUGCCCAACUGGUCAGAACGCUCUUCAUCGGAAACAUAUGCGAAUAGACCUGUAAUCAUCAGACAGCAGCGGACCCAUCCACUGGCUUUUCAGAAGAACAUCAACAUUAGCAUUGGACACAGCACCCUCCUUACCAAUACUACCCGAUCACUGACCAUACGCUGUCCUGCAGAAGGCUUCCCUCCUCCCAAAAUCAGCUGGACCAAAGAUGGAACUCUGUUGCGGCACACUGACAGGGUAUCCUGGGAUAGCUCCGGAGGACUCCAUAUCCUUCAGCCCAGAAUGUCUGACAGAGGCCAGUACAAGUGCACAGCUACCAACACACAUGGCUCAGACUCAGAGACAUCUCAGCUACUGGUGGCAGAGCCACCAGCCAUCGCAGUGUCAUGGAGGAAUGUUUCAGACCAUGGGCUGGUGUUAGGCCACAGCUUGAGGUCCACGGUUGGGGGACGAGUCAGUGUUCGUCUUGGCGCCAACCUCACUCUGGACUGCCCCGUUACUGGUGUUCCUCCGCCCACAGUGACUUGGAACAAAAAGAAUGGACCAUUAGGGGCCACUGCUGUUUCACUACCCUCUGGCUCACUGUGGAUCAGAAAUGUUUCUCUGCACAACCAAGGCCACUACUCAUGCACCGCCACUAGCGCCAUCGGAAAGUCCACUGCUUCUACUGUCCUGCAGGUCUCUGGUCAAUACCCUGCUGGGGGAAGCAGGGUAGUUCCAGUCUCACAAGAGCUGAACAGAAGAAGGGUCCUCAUGGCGUCACACCGUGGAACGAGUGUCUUUGUCAAGCCUGGAGACAUUCUACGUAUAGGGUGUCCAGUGCUCGCUGACCACAAACUUCCAGUGCUGUGGGACUACAACAACAUGACCCUAAAGGAGGUUUCAAUUCCAGAACAGACCCAAGGUCCUGGUCCGGGUCAAGGUCUACAGUACAGGAUGCUGGUGGGAGGUCGUGUCCUUGAGGUCAAUACACUCCAGGUUAAGUUCUCAGGCCGGUACCGAUGCCAGACCCUUAUCAACAGUACCAGACAAAUGCUGUCUGCCUGGAUAUACGCUCACAUUGAAGAGUUAAGCUGGCAUUUUGGAGAAUGGUCCACAUGCAGUGCUUCUUGUGGGAAUAGAGGAACUUGGCUGCGGAGGAUUCACUGUGUCAGUCUGGAUGGGAAGGUUGUUCAGCCCACCAUGUGUCAGCACAUACCAAUACCCAUCACUUCCCCAGUCACCUGCAACAGACAGGACUGCCCUCCCAGAUGGUUGGUAUCAGAGUGGUCGAAGUGUUCAGCCUCAUGUGGAGGUGGCUGGAAGAGGAGGCAGGUCUCCUGUCAGCAGUUGGAUGCCAGAGGUGCUGUGAGGACUCUGACAGCAGCCGCCUGUGAGAGGACGAGCCGGCCCACAGACUCCGAGCAGUGCACCGCCAAUAACUGUCCAACCUGGGUAACCAGUGCGUGGGGAAAGUGUUCAGGGAGGUGUCUGGGCCCCACUGCCACUAUACAGAAGAGAUCUGUCAUCUGCCAACAUGCCAAUGGCUCCUCGUACACAGACUGUGAUCUCAGAGACAGGCCUGCGUCUGUACGCAACUGUUCCUCUGACCUGUGUAAUGUCCAAUGGCGUCCCGGUGCGUGGCGGGCAUGCACUGUAGUCUGUGGGAGUGGCUUUCAGUCUCGCAGGGUGGACUGUGUACACCGCAGGAGUGGCAGGACUCUGGCCAACCAGCACUGUGCCUGGCUCCAGCAGCCCCCCACCUGGCAGCACUGCAACACCACCAGCUGUGGAAGUGAAUGCAAGGACACCACCCAGUACUGCAGUGUGGUGAAGAGACUGAAGCUGUGUUACCUGGAUAUGUACCAACAGAGAUGCUGUGGGUCCUGUUCACAAGAUCCAGACUCCACUUAGUGGCAGUGAGCAGUCAUAGAUACACUACAUUUUGUAAAACAGAUGGUCUACAUGAGACGAAUGACUGUGCAAAUACUGAAAAGACAUCAUCUAUGAAAGAACUGCACAUAUUUAAACUGGACAAGAUUCAGUCCAUUGUGUUCAUUUCUUUAAAGGAACCUAAACAGCUUGGAAAUAUGAAGGGGCUUUAUUUUUCUGAAUUUGGACCCAACCUCCUAAUAUAAGGACAAGUGUUCCCCAUGUGGAUCAAAUGGAGUUUUUGGACUCUCCUGCAAAAACUGAACAUUUAGUUUAAAGUGACAUUCAUUGAUUAUAUUAUUUUUUGGUGGCCCAACCACAUUUGUUGUACAGUACAUGUACCACUGCCCCUGUAAACAACCCUUAGACUGAGGUAUUGGUUUGACAGUAUUGUCCUUUAUGCCACUGCUGAUAUAAUUGAGGUUCAUCAAUUCAUCAGCUUCAUGAAAAGAGCUUAAAUUGUAUGCAGUCAUACACACACAUAUUUUAUUUAUUUAUUUGUGAAAUUGUUGUUUUUUGUUUUUAUAAAAUUUGUCAUAUAAAAUAUUAAAACAUAAUUCCGGUUUAUUACAACAAAGAGAGCUUGUAAACAGGGAGUACUGUCCAAACCACUUUACGUGGAGGUAAAAACUGAAAGUGACUGCACCCAUAAGGAUUGAAUAAUAUUAUUGGAUAUUGGUUAUCAUGAUAUCAAUGACGAAAACUGCACAAUAAGACCCAAAUAGUAUUUAAUCAAAACUACCAUUUAAUAUAUUCCUGACUUUCCGUACCAUUAAUGCGGUACAGUAUGUCACCUUGCUUUAAAGAGCUGCUAAACCUCAAGAUCCUUUCUGUAGGUUCCAGUGUCCCAUGUGUUUUAGUGUCUUCUGAUGCUGUUUCAAAGGCUUUUCCAUCCUGAUAAGUUUAAAUGUUUGGUAGACACACUGAAUUCUUGAAAAAUUUCCAAUUUAAAGAUAUUGACCCAAAAACAUCACCACAGAACCCACUAUUGGAGAGUUCAGUAGCUCAGAAUGUCGUGUCGGUCUUCAAAACCUCACAUCUGUUAAACAAACCUUAUCACCAGAUGGAAUGUUGAUACUGGACGAUUCAGCAAAACCCUGGAUUACGUUCAGUGCCAACACUGAACGUAAGGAUCUAUUUCUAUAUCUGUGUUUAUCAAUUACGUGAUGGCUAUGGAUGGAAAAAAGAUGAUGGUUAUGGAAAAUAAGCAAUGGUUAAAGGAUAAUUGUUAAAGCCUAUCCUUUAACCAUGGUUAAAGCAAUGGUUAAAGGAUAGGCCACUCUGAGAAAGGUUUAGUAAAGAUCAUGGUUACGUGAGGUUUCGGGUUAGGUAAAGAGUCUCCAUCGACUAGGCAGCCUGAAAGAUGGCGCUAAGGCACAGGUCAGCACACGUCACUCAAGACUUCCGUGUGGAAGAAAAAGAAUCCAGUAGACACUGGGACAUCUAAGGCAAACCUGACUGUGGUGGGGCAUCCUAGCCGCCACAGUUGGAGUUUGGGCAGAGUGGUGUGGUCAAGGGAUUAAAAGCCAGGACCAGAAAGAGAGUCCAAGACUCAAAGAUGCAAGGCUGAUCAAGGAGAUAGAAAGGUGUACCAAGGUGGGAUUGGCCAUCUAGACGAGGAUGGUAAGAAAAGGGGUAACCUGUUGGUAUGGGUUAGGGUCACAAUCUUCAAUCCUCUGCAGGAAAGUUAGAUGUGCUGCACACCAAUCCACCCCUCUAGCCUCCACAACCUUACUUUGCUACAUUAAAGGAUAGAAUGCUUCUUGCAUUGGCACUGAAGUGGCACAAAUCAUGUACUGCAGAAUCAUGUAUAAACAUAAUUCCUAGGGUUGCUUAAUUUACGAUAUCAAUGUCAGGUCAAAUAUAAAAACACAAUUUGGGAUCAAAAUCCUGACAGACCAUUCACUUGUGUGAAGGUGCUGGUUUGUGAUUGUAGUCAAAAUUCACUGAUGAGAAAAGAGCAGCUGCUCACAACAAAAGACUUCACGAGAACCCAAACUAGUUUUAGCAGUGAAGAAACAAGCUGCCCAUUCCUCUCAGAAGACCACGGUAAUGAACUACUAAUUCAGUUUUUAUAACUCCUUUAUUAUAUAUGGAGCUUCAGUUUUGAGAACAUGAAUUCAUAUUUACAUAUCCAUCAACGACACUAUUCUAAACCAUGACAAUACCGAAGCUUUUGUAAAAUAAUUUUGAUAUUACAUGUGAAGAACAGAGGACUCUACAGUCACUACCACAACACUGAUUUUGACUGACGGGUCUAUUCGCUUAUCAUACCAAUGUGCUGCAUUGUAAAAUGUCUUGUAUAUACUGUGUUCUCAGUGCAAUAUCUUAUAUUGAGUGUAUGUAGAUUGUGUGCGACUUUUAUUUUCUUACUUAUUGAUGGUUAAAAGGUGUCUUUUUAACUCCUGUUGAAGAUCUUAGAGCAUAAAGCACGAGUAUAUGUUGAUUCGGUGGUAUGUUUGCUGCCAUUCACCUGGUUUUAUUUGCAUGUGUAUAAAGUGAUAUCUCUGAUGUUUUAUAUCUCAUUUGUGAAAUUCCACACGCCAACAUGCAUUUGUCAUUGUUCCCCCAGGCUACUGAUGGCUAUACAGUGUAUCUGAUGUGGUAACAUUAUACUGUUUGUGGACUUGCAGCUGUACUGAGGGAAUAUAAUGUAGUACAACAAAUUAUUUAAGUGCUUUAGAUAACAUAGCAAAGGAAUAAAGACAGUGUGAUCACUUUAUAAA